AUGUCUUCGGAUUAUAGCGAACCUAUUACUGCUGAUGAUGCCGAGUUGAAUGACGAUGUAUCUCAAGGACCCACAAAGAGGAUUCGAAAACUAACUUCAAAGGUAUGGGAUGACUUUGUCAAAUUUAAAGGACCUAAUGGAAAUGACAUAGCUAGAUGUAAGCAUUGCAAUAGGGAAUUUGUUGGAGAGAGUAGGAAAGGGACUAGUCAUUUAAAAAAUCAUUUGUCGAAGGCAUGUCCAGUACUUAAAGGGCCAAAUGCCCCUAGGAAUGCUAGUAAGGCUGCUUCUGAAUCUACUCCUAAGGUUGCAAAUUUUAAAUUCGAUCAAGAGAGAAGUCGUAUGGAUUUUUCUAGGAUGGUAAUCAAGCACAAUUAUCCCUUUAACAUGGCCGAGCAUGAAUUUUUUGAAAUAUUUUGUAAUAAUCUUCAACCAAUGUUCAAACUUGUUUCUCGUAACACUGUUAGGGCGGAUGUCCUUGAUGUUUAUGAAAUAGAAAAGGCCAAGUUAUAUCAAUUUUUGGAUGAACUCUCUUCUAAGAUCACCUUGACAACUGAUAUAUGGACUUCAGACCAUCAGAAUUUUGCCUAUACAGGUUUGACUGCUCAUUAUGUGACUAAUGAUUGGGAGUUGAAGAAGAAAAUCCUUGCUUAUAGACGCAUUGAUUACCCGCAUGAUGAAGACCAUUUAUUUAGUUUUAUCAAAGAUCUAAUUUUAGAGUGA